AACUACGUCACCACCACGCGACAGGAGGACCCAGCGUGUACCAUGGACCUAUUCGUGUACGAUACUUCCAAUGUCGAUAACUAAGCUGAUAACCUUUAUCAUUGACACAUUAAUCUUAAGUUUAAUACAUAGUUUAUGUCUUGUAGCUUGCAAACCUAUUAUAUAGACGUAUGUUCAGGAAUAACUGUAUAAGAGCGUGUUUCUGUGUAGCAUUCUGAAAACAUACCCUUGAAGAAUGAAGAAUCUUACUUUUGUACCAAAACAUCGCGCGAUCAACUUUCUGAAGAAGGCUUCGAAGCUGUAUCAGGGACCCUGUCCGGAGCUGGCCCGUUACCUGAUGCGAGAGGCUAUGGCAGUGAAGGAGUGUGUUGAUGGAGCUGCCCUACCAGCCCAGGGGAUGGGCGGAGGCAUGCUGCCGGAGAGCUGCCAGUACUGCUGUCAGCAGUUCCGUCGCGGCAACACGCGCGUACGGCUGCUGCCCAAGCGGCGCAUGGCGGCGCGAGUGCACAGCGUCCUGCGCCGGGAGGCCCGGGGGAAACGCCUCAGCCUGGCCCAGUGCCAGCUCCUGCGGCGCUACCGGAGCUCCACCACCACAACGAUGGUCACGUGCAACACUUGCCACAAGACUACCCGACACAACGGGGUGAAUCGGAGAUUCUUGUUCAACCAUGCAAAGCACACCCCUCAUGGCCCACAGACGCAUAGAAGCAACACCGGCUCCCCCAAAUCGUUGGGCAAAGAGGAGACACCCAGCAAGACACCCAUCAAGACACCCAUCAAGACACCCAUCAAGACACCCAUCAAGACACCCGGCAAGACACCCGGCAAGACACCCGGCAAGACACCCGGCAAGACACCCGGCAAGACACCCAGCAAGACACCCGGCAAAACUCCAUGCAAUACACCCAGAAAAACACCACCCCGUCAAGCACCGUGGACGUUCUCCACCCGGAACAACACCCCUUCCCCCCACAAUCACCCCUUUAGAUUUAAGAAGUGGGUCGUGAAGGGUCUCACCCACAUCCUGAACCGGGAUAACAAGCCUGAGACAGGCACGCUGAAGGACUUCCUCUCCUCCCUCUGAGCGCCAGAAUCCACACCAACACACUUCCCUUGGACGACCCUCUGUGUGACACAGGGGGGUGGUCUGACCCACAUGGCCUGAACCGUAAAGGGGUUCACACCAAAGGCUGAAGAUAUGAAAGUUAAGAGUAUUAACUUUAACUCUGCUGCAGGUGUGAAAAGGGUUAAGUUUUGCCCACCAACAGAGCUAUUGCUGGGGCCAGACGGAGACCAGGCAUAGAAGGGCCCCUCUGGAAUCCAAAUGAAGCGGGGGCCCUGAUGUUGCUGUGCGGCUGUCAUUCAGGACCACAGCACCAUCUGUUGAGCCAGAGAGGCACGCUUUCUUUGAUCUCAUUUAGCUUUUGCUCAUUCAGGUCUCAGAAUUGGUGCAGGAUUUGAAUGGUCAUUUAGGCAAGUGAUCAAGACUGCAAGAGGUAACAGAGUUCUGUUAUGGUGUUACAGACGCAGUGAUUUAUUUUCUUUCUUUUUUACGACAAACGUGAACAUUUAAAAUGUUUUAUUUGACAGCAUUUUGAAAUUAAUGCAUUUAUUUUCUAAUGACCUUUCAUGAUCUCUGCAUUCGCUUGAGAUGUUAUUUUUUUGAUAAUAUGUUCUGUGAAUGAUAGCUCCCCCACUAAACAAGGCUAAUUUUUAGCAGUUUACAAAUGGUUGUACUUAUUUUUCAUCAUUUUUUUUGUUGGAUAUUACUGGGAGACACCAAAAUGCUGAGUAAAAAUGGAUUGGAUGCACCUUUCAAUAGCAUGCAAUAUUACUGAAAUAUUUUUUUUACAUUGUUGAGAUUAGUCUGCAAACUCAACUUUGAACACAUUAAAAGCUUUUCCAGGUUGGGAAAAUACCAUUGAUUGUUAAAAUAUUGAUUGUUAAAAUAAAAAUAUAUAUUCUUU